UAUUUGAAGAAGAACCGACUUAAAGCAGGAACUCAAGGAUAUUCAGCAACAACAUUGGCGCCGUCUGUGGGAAACCGAACAGAAGUCAUCACCAGAAGUUAAGAUGGUGCGCACACGAACAACCCAGCGCGAGAGUCCCCCCAGAGGCCAAGGAAGAGGCCAGCCCCCAAGCAUCAACCCCGGGUCACAGAGUGCACCGGUUGCAGCCCCCCAACAUCAGCAGACAGAGGGAGUUGGGGAACAUAAUCCACAAUAUCCCAACGCUGUAGCAAGCGACCCUGUGACCGCUCAACUCAAUGCCAUGCAACAACAAUUCGGGGUCUUCCAGCUAGUACUUGCCCAGCUGUUGGCCAGAGAUAACCCCGCUGACCCACUUAUUCACUUAUUGAACCCAGCUCCCCCCGUGGCUCCCCAACUAGUUCAACAGCCUGCCAACUCUCCGGUCCGCAAUGUCUCAAAGAGGCUAGAUAACCUAGAAAAGCUGCUAGCCGAGAACAAAGAUCCACAACCGCAGACCCCACCUGUAUCAGCCUCCAUCCCCACUCCCCUCGGUAUCAAAAUCACCCAAGAGCCAUAUCCACCCGGUUUCAGGAUGCCGCAGUUUGAAACAUAUGACGGCACUAAAGACCCUGAUGACCACUUGCAUGCAUUUUUCUCCAUCAUGCAGGCUCAAAAUGCCUCAGACGCACUUAUGUGCAAGAUGUUCCCCUCCACAUUGCGCGACAAUGCCCGGACCUGGUAUCACACCCUGCGUCCGAACUCGAUUAAUGCGUAUGCCGAGCUGGCAACCCUCUUUGCCACCAAAUUCUCAAGCAGAAGGUUGAUAAAAAAGACGACACCCGAGCUCAUGCGCAUAACGCAAAGAGAAGGCGAAUCCUUGAAGAACUAUAUGAACAGGUUCAACGACGCCAUGCUGGAGGUCAAUGCCUUCGAUGAAGCAAUGGGAGUAACUGCCGUGAUGCAAGGCCUCAACCAUGAUCGGUUUCGGGAUAACUUAAUCAAGAACACCCCAACCACUUUUGACGAAAGGGAACAGAGGAAUGAGGGAAGUGCGGCAGUCGGAUGCACAGUCGUCGGGAUGCUGCUGCUGCUGCUGCUGGCCUGCUGUGCUGGUCAGAAGAUAGAAGAAAGCAGUCUGAGACUUGAGUUGGGCACUUGGGCUGCUGGCCUCCUUCGGCUUCUAUCAGGCCUCAACCAUGAUCGGUUUCGGGAUAACUUAAUCAAGAACACCCCAACCACUUUUGACGAAGUCAACCAGAGAUCCCUCAAGUUCAUUAAAGCUGAAGAGUACGUCCUCUCCAAACCCCAGCCCCCUAAAGAAGCUAGAACCCCCACCUGGAGAGACGAAAGCCAGAGCAGGAAGAAGUUCAAACCCACACAGAACCGAGGCCCAAUUCCGGUCCCUAAGCUAGAUAGGCCCGACUCCAACACCCCGCAAACGCGGCCUACGCCGCCCUCAUGGACCUCCUUCACAAUUCCGAGGUCGCAAAUUCUCAUGCAAAUUAAGAAUAAGAUGGAGAUGAGGAGACCAAACCCCCUACAGAGCCCAGCGACAAGCAGAGACCACACCAGAUACUGUGACUUUCAUCAAGAUCACGGACAUACCACGGAAGAGUGCAAAAGUUUGAAGUCCGAGCUGGAAAGUUUAGCCCGGAAAGGGAUGUUGAAUGAGUACAUCCAGAGCAGAAAUUUGCCAAAAUUUGUCAAAGAACAGGGGCAACCCCAGGGGUCCCGAGCAUCACACAACAGAGAUGGAGUAGGAUACCAGCAAGCGCCACCACCUCUCCCACCACCAUCCAGAAUUAUACACAUGAUAACAGGCGGACCCGAAGUAGGUGGCACAAACGCCAAACAGCAAAAGCUGUACGUAAGGGAGGUCAGACACUAUAAUGCAGCCCAGAAAAGGAAGAUCGACGAGGAGGAUUGGAAAAACCAAUCUGUGACAUUCACUUCGGCCGACCUCGAGGGGGUCGUCACGCCCCAUAACGACCCAUUAGUCACCUCGGUAAUCAUUAACAACUGCGAGGUCCAGCGAGCGCUCAUUGACACCGGCAGUGCUCCAGACAUAAUGUAUUAUCACUGCUUUGAGAGCCUCGGACUCGACCCCGCCCUCCUGCAAAAGUAUGAUGGGCCCAUCUACGGCUUCAAUAACCAGCCAGUACCCGUGGAAGGAGUGCUGCGACUCAACGUGACGUUCGGCUCCGGACGAACGUAUGUAACACCCUCAGUCAGAUUCCUGGUAGUGAAGAUGCCUUCAUCUUUUAAUCUCGUCAUCGGGAGGCCGACUUUGACCGAGAUUCGAGCUAUAGUGUCCCAGUCCCACCUCUGCAUGAAAUUCCCCACGCCAAUGGGGGUAGCAACCUUGCGAGGCAAUCAAGAGGCGGCCAGGCACUGCUACAUGACCUCCGUCGCGAGGUCACGAAGAAAUAAGGAGGUAGUCCCAUCACCAGAGGCACCCCAACCAGAGACCCCGAAUACCCAACAGGUAAUGGGUGUAGAGCUGCCAGAUAACAGACCAGAGGAUAACCCAAGAGCCACCCCGGUCGAGGAGGUCAAAGAGGUGCAACUUGAUGAUAAUGACCCAUCCAAGAAGACUCAGAUCGACACGAAGCUGACUCCCAUAGAAAAAGAAGAACUUGUGGGCUUCCUAAAAGCAAACAAGGAUGUGUUUGCAUGGACUUCGGCUGACAUGCCUGGAAUCCCAACUUCGGUGGCAGUACACAAACUCAGCACUAAUCCUUUGCGGAAGCCAGUAGCACAGAAGAGACGGCUUUUCGGGGGGGAAAGACUCACGGCCAUUAAGGAAGAAGUUAAGAACCUCUUGCAAGCAGGGUUUAUUAGGAGAGUAGAUUACUGCGAAUGGAUUGCCAACCCUGUCAUGGUAAAAAAGUCAAACGGGAAGUGGCGCAUGUGCAUCGAUUAUACCAACCUCAACAACGCCUGCCCUAAAGACUGUCAUCCCAUGCCGAGCAUAGACAAGCUGGUAGAGGCCGCCUCAGGGAAUGAGAGAUGAAAUAUACUGCUAUGUGAUGA